AUGAGAGACUUAGAGAGAAGCUUGGAUCCUCAGCUAUGGCACGCCUGUGCCGGAGGCAUGGUCCACAUGCCUCCGGUGAACUCAAAAGUCUUCUACUUUCCACAAGGCCACGCAGAGCACGCUCAAGCCCAUGUCGAUUUCUCAUCAGCCUCCCUCAGAAUCCCAUCUCUCAUUCUCUGUAAAGUGGCCUCCAUCAAAUUCAUGGCGGACCCAGAAACCGACGAGGUCUUCGCCAAGAUUAAGCUAAACCCAAUUGAAAACAACGAGCCUUAUGCCUCGGAUGAGGGCUCCAUGGAGGCUGAUGAGUCUGAAAAUCAAGAAAAGCCAGCAUCUUUCGCUAAGACUCUGACCCAAUCGGACGCUAACAAUGGCGGUGGGUUCUCUGUACCCAGGUACUGCGCUGAAACCAUUUUUCCUCGAUUGGAUUACUCGGCCGACCCGCCGGUCCAGACCGUGAUUGCUAAGGACGUUCAUGGCGAGAUAUGGAAGUUCAGGCACAUUUACAGAGGCACGCCCAGGCGCCAUUUGUUGACUACUGGGUGGAGCACAUUUGUGAACCAGAAGAAGUUGGUGGCUGGUGACUCGAUUGUGUUCUUGAGAGCUGAAAAUGGUGAUCUUUGUGUUGGGAUUAGGCGAGCCAAGAGAGGAUUGGAUGGCGCUGGUGGGCCUGAAUUGGCAUCUGGGUGGAACAACAGCCAUGGAGGAGGCUCUGGAGCUUGUGUUCUUCCAUAUGGUGGGUUCUCUGUGUUUUUGAGAGAGGAGGAGAACAAGAUGGUGAGAAACGGGGGUGGGAAUUUGAGUCCCAAUGGGAAUAUGAGAGGAAAGGGGAGAGUGAGGCCUGAAAGUGUUGUUGAAGCUGCAACUAUGGCGGCAAAUGGGCAGGCGUUUGAGGUGGUUUAUUAUCCGAGGGCCAGCACGCCGGAGUUUUGCGUUAAGGCCUCGGCGGUGAGGGCGGCGAUGAGGGUGCAGUGGUGCUCAGGAAUGAGGUUCAAGAUGGCGUUUGAGACUGAGGACUCAUCUAGGAUCAGCUGGUUCAUGGGUACAAUUGCUUCUGUUCAGGUUUCUGACCCAAUUCGCUGGCCCAAUUCCCCUUGGAGACUUCUACAGGUGACAUGGGAUGAGCCAGAUUUGUUACAGAAUGUGAAGUGUGUCAGCCCAUGGUUGAUUGAGCUGGUAUCAAAUUUUCCCAUGAUCCACAUGUCACCCUUUUCACCACCAAGAAAGAAGUUGCGUCUCCCGCAACCAGACUUUACUCUUGAUGGGCAAUUAACAUUGCCAUCAUUUUCAGGCAACCCCCUUGGGCCCAGCAGCCCCUUGUGUUGUCUACCUGACAACACUCCUGCAGGCAUACAGGGAGCCAGGCAUGCUCAAUUUAGAAUAUCUUUAUCAGAUCUCCACGUCAACAACAAACUGCAGUCAGGGCUGUUCCAAUCCAGUUUCCAGCGGUUCGAUCAAAAUUCUAGAAUCUCCAAUGGCAUUAGGGCAGGCCAUACAAGCAGCAAUGAAAACCUUUCUUGCUUGCUGACAAUGGGGAAUUCUAGUCAGAACUCGGAGAAAUCUGAUAAUGUGAAGAAACACCAGUUUUUACUCUUUGGUCAACCAAUACUUACUGAGCAGCAGAUUUCUCGGAGCUGUUCCAGUGAUGCAGUUUCACAAUUACUUGCUGGGAAAGAUUCAAAAAAUGGGAACCAAGACAGAACAAAGUUUCUUUCUGAUGGUUCAAAAUCUGCACAUGGGAUGCAAGUUUCAUUAGAAAAAUCCUCUGAUGCUGGGUUUCCAUGGAAUAAGGAUUUUCAAGGUUCUGACUUUGACCUGGAUACCGGUCAUUGCAAGGUGUUCAUGGAGUCAGAGGAUGUGGGGCGGACUCUGGACCUCUCGGUUCUUGGCUCUUAUGAAGAGCUGUACAGGAGGCUGGCCAACAUGUUUGGAAUAGAAAAACCAGAGAUGCUGAGCCAUGUUCUUUACCGGGAUGUGACAGGGGCUGUUAAACAAACUGGAGUUGAACCAUUCAGUGAUUUUAUGAAAAAAGCAAAAAGACUGACUAUUCUAACACAUCCAACCGGUGAAAGUAUUGGCAGGACGUGGAUUCGAGGAAUGCAAAAUGCGGAAAAUGGACUCAGCGCAACAAAUAAGACUGGUCCUUUGAGCAUAUUUGCUUAG